AUGCCUGCCAUGUUACCAACAAUAGGGGCAACCACGAAAUCAUCUACAAUAAAUAACGCUACCAGAUUGCUCAAGCGUAGUAGCAUGAGCAACCCCGACAAAUACCCCCUCUACAUCUUUCUCAUUAUCGCUGGCUGUAUUGUGACAGGACUCAUCGGGUUCAGUGUAUACUCUAUGUGGCAUGAUGUUAGCGACCUAGAUAAGUUCAAAGACAUGUCCCAAGAGCAACGGAAGUAUAUGCGUAUGGUCAGGGAGCGGAAUUUGAAUAUGUUGGCUGUUGAGGCGAGGAGACCUGAUAUGAUUGUUCCUAUCGGGGAACUGAAUGCUUGA